AUGGAGUCUCUACGUACCCUGCCGUGCUUUGUGCACUUUUUGGUGAUUUUAGGAUUUUCCUGUUCUUUAAUUCGAGGAGAUGUUUCAUUCACUCACGAAUUGGCACAGAACUCGAGUCCUGCGUGCUAUGGAUCAGAUUAUACAAGUUUUGUGAAUGCCGGUUGUAAUAAGGGUUCUGAACAACAAGUUGUUUUUCCAGUAAAAGUGGUAGCAGGUGCAAAACCAAAUUCCACAGGAUGUAUGGAUAUUGAUAACGAUUACAUUGACAAAGACAGUGCAUAUUACAACAAAUGUUGUAAACAAAUAAAUACAAUUGAUUGUGUUGAUGAGUAUAUUGGUCCGAAUAGGACUACGUUCAUGAUCAACUGUAUUGGUAGAAGACAAUGUGAAAAAUCGCGUGUCAUAUGGAAAUUAACGAGGAAUAUGAGCUGUUCCCCCAAUGAAACGUGGAAGGACGUUUCAAACUAUGCGUAUUUAGAAUACUACUGCAUUGACAGAAAUCGGAUGGAAACACCGCACCUAGAUUUGAAAAUUCGGAAUCAACAACAUUUGUAUCUUACCACAUCUAACACAAACUCGUACCAAAGUGGUACUACGUCUACAAAUGUCACGUGCUUUGUGCAAACUUCAAACCAUUCAGAUAUUGAAGUAUGGAUUAUGGACCUUAGGCUAAAUGCAUCCACCUUCCAGAAUGUAACUAUAAGUGAUGGCAGCUCGCUUAAAGUAUUAAAGGAUUUACCUAAUAAUGAUUUUACACCAAGACUGAUUUCUGAUAUACAUGCAUCACAGAUAAACGUAACAUUCGAAACGAAAAUACAUAGGGAAGAGUUCAUUUGGCUCGGAUUUAAAGCUGGUUCAAAUGAUGAGUUUAUCGAAAUCACAUGUGACGAAAGUGGUAAAGUGUACAUACAAAUCGACCCAGCACCACUUUCCGAAGAACAGAAACAAAAUGGUAUGAUUAUAGCCAGUGUGACCGGCGGACUGGGGUUUCUGGUCAUUUGCAUCAUUUUCGGUGUGGCGUUUUACAGACGAUAUAAAAUUAGAAAGAUUGCAGAAGAAAAACAAAAUCUUUCAGAAAAUGAAGAUUAAAAAUAAAGUUUAGUCCUAUUACA